GUUUUCAACAUCGUUAUGAAAAACGCGGAUUUGCAGGUUUGUAACGGUAAGCGUCGUCGUUCGUGCCUCGAUAGUAUGAGAUUCGGGACAGUGUGAAUCAGUGUGAACCAAUACAAAAAAAAAUAUUAGGUGAUUCGGAUCACCUCGGUUCCGUGAUCUGGAUCAUCUCGUUCAAUACUUUGACCCGUUCGUUCGCGAACGACAAAUCUCUACCCGAUGCGGCGCGGCCGUGGACAAUUGCUAUCGGCCUGCCCCGCAGCCGUACACACGCACCGGCAACUCGCCUCGCGAUAAAAGUGUGAAGUUACACGCACGGCGAUGUAACGGGUCGUGCGCUGUCGGCAUCGUCGGCUCGGCUCGGCGGGCCAGCUGCAGUCACCGCCGACCACCAUCAAAAGCCGUCAGUGGAGUACAACGACAAAGAAGAUGAACAUUGCACGCAGGAAUUUACGUUGGGGUAAUUUUUUUCAAUCUUUUACAUCAUAGUUCGGGCUGCCGUCGUUUUAACAUCUAAAUGGCGGAACAAGUCGGCGAGAGGAGCACUGGACGGCCGCCGCAAAAGCCCAUGGCCCAAAAGCCAUCAUAUUAUGAUGUGACCGUGAAAGUCGCCGUCGUAGUUAUGUGGUUCAACGUCAAAAAUGGUUAUGGUUUUAUUAACCGUAAUGAUACGAAAGAAGAUGUAUUUGUACAUCAAUCUACUGUAAUCAAAAACAAUCAGAACAAAAUUUUACGCAGUCUUGCUACUGAAGAAACGGUAGAAUUUAAUGUGGUUCAAGUUGAUAAAGGUCAUGAAGCAGCAAAUAUUACUGUUCCUCUUGGAGAAGCAGUAAAAGCAUCACCUUAUGCAGCUGAAAAAAAGAAAAAUGACCAUGGCCAGUGGUCUUAUGGACGCCGUCCUAAUACCCUUCCAAGAAAUGGUGGUCAACCUCCAAGAGAUAGUAGUCCAAGUGGUGACAAGGAAGAUAGUAAAAAUGAAGUAGGAAAACAACCAAGACGUUACCGCCAGCCGUGUCAAUCGAAUUGGUAGAAUAGCUAUCGUGGAAAUCAAAGGGGUUCACCACUAAAUAGAGGAGAAGAUGGUGAUUACAAUUAUGAUGCAAAUAUGAUGACUGUUUAA